AUGGACGACAGAGGUGUGUCGCUGCGGUGCGAGGAAACAGAAGAGGACCACCAAGACCGAGCAGCCAAGAGAGUCCCGGGAACGGGUGUCACAGGGGGUCUGCUGCGGGCUGCUUGGGACCCGUCGGUGUCGGGGAGGCGCGUGAUCCAGAGGCUGCUUCACGUGGAGGAACGAUAUGCUCCCUCGCCGCUCUACGUGAGUCUCAUACAGCAGGAACCGGAAAGACGGGAUGAGCUGGCCAAGUGGACGCUGCAGGUGUGCUGCGAUUGCGGCUGCGACGAGGCCGUGUUCCCGCUGUCCGUCUCUCUGAUAGACAGGUUCCUGUCGGUCGCGUUGUCGGCGCCCGUGUCGCCGUACUGCCUGGCGGCCGCCUGCGUCCUCGUCGCCUCGAAGCUGAGCGAGUGCGACAACAUCACCUCGGACGCCCUCUGUGCCGCCGCGGGGUACGACUUCCUGCCCGCCGACCUGCGGGAAAUGGAGCGCGUUGUCCUGGCAACCCUACGCUGGGACACGGCUGCUGUGACGCCUCAGGACUUCCUGCCGCACUUCCUGGCCUCGCUGGAGGAGAGGCGAGAGGAGGAUAGCGCCACCCUGAGGCGGCACAGCGACACGUUGGCGGCCAUGUGCGCGUGUGACUCACGCUUCCUGGGGGCGCCGCCCUCCCUGGUGGCCGCCGCCUCGCUCAACUGCGCCCUGCGGGGCCUGGGCAACGACGGGCGCUCUCGGCUCUACCUGCUCAGCUUAACGCUGGCCGAGCUGUGCCAGGCCGACCUGGCGGUGCUGCAGUACUACAGCGAGAUGAUCGAACGCGCCCUCCGCCAGCGCCUCAGCGGCGGGCCCGUGGACAAAGGCGACGAGGUGGAGGACGAAAGAUCUUGCACGCCCACUGACAUGAGAGAGAUUGAUUUCUAA